AUGACGCGCCGAAUAGUCAGGACGAUUGUCCAAGUGUCUUCGGUUGCCCUCGUCACCUUCCUCGUCGUCUUCUUCCUCGACAGAAACUUCCGCGUUCUCCCCUCAGCCAUCCAUGAGUACAUGCCCCAGCAUCAUGCCGGCCUCCUCAUCACCGACAUCACCAUCAAGAAGUGCUCGUCCAUCAACGUCUUUUCCUCCUGUCGCCUCGACCCGGACGUGUGGCAUCGCAUCGAGAAAGACCUGUACCUGGGCAGGACAGUGGUGUCGAGCGCAUAUAUCCAUGUGAGGAGGAAGAAAGAGGAGGAGCUUACCUCGGACGACAAGGUCAUCAUCGAUGUCAACGUUGGGCGGCUUGACCCCGGCACCAACAGAAAGGGCCAGGCGGACGAGAGGUGGGAGCCCAGAGAAGCUGGGCUAUGGAUCAAAAGAUCAGCAAAGAAGGUCGCCAUCGAUUCGAAGCGGACGAUCACCGCCGUGGAUGUCCUGUUUGGCGACGAUGCGGUCGAGGCGCGCGACGGCUGGGAGAUGCCUGAGAAGGGCACGCCACUGCUCCUGGACGCGGGCCCCAAGGUGCCUUCGGCGCAUAUCACAGUGAGGAGAGGCAGCCAGCAGGAUCCGUACAAGUCGCAGCCCAGGAUAAAAGAGAAUGGGAAAUUCAAGGUCAUGCAGGUGUCGGACAUGCACCUGAGUACUGGGGUCGGGGUUUGCAGAGAAGCCAUGCCGGAGAGCCCGGAGGGUGAGAGGUGUGAGGCUGACCCGAGGACGCUGGACUUUGUCACCAGGGUCUUGGAGGAUGAGAAGCCGGACCUGGUUGUUUUGAGCGGUGAUCAGAUUAAUGGAGAUACCGCCCCAGACGCGCAGUCGGCCAUCUUCAAGUACGCGCAGCUCUUGAUCAAGCACAAGGUACCAUAUGUCACUAUUUUCGGCAAUCACGACGACGAAGGCGCAGCAGGCGCUUUGACACGCGCAAAUCAGAUGGCGCUGGUCGAGACCUUGCCCUACUCUCUGUCCAAGUCCGGGCCAGAAGAUAUAGACGGGGUAGGCAACUACUACGUGGAGAUUCUAGCAAAGGGCAGCUCCAAGCACUCGGCCGUGACCGUGUACCUGCUCGACUCGCAUGCGUACUCGCCCGACGAACGCCGGUUCAAGGGCUACGACUGGAUCAAGAAGAAUCAGAUCGACUGGUUCCGGCAGACGGCGCAGGGCCUGAAGAAGAAGCACAAGGAGUACACGCAUUUCCACCUGAAUAUUGCGUUUAUUCAUAUUCCUUUGCCAGAGUAUCGUGACACGGAACAGUACUUCAAGGGCGAGUGGAGGGAAGGCGUGACUGCGCCGAAUUACAACUCUGGCUUCCGUGAUGCCCUGGUCGAGCAGGGCGUGAGCAUGGUUAGCUGUGGACACGACCACGCCAAUGAAUAUUGCGCCCUCUCUGCCAACCCAGACACCAAGAAGCCUGAGCUCUGGAUGUGCUACGCGGGCGGCUCUGGUUUCGGCGGUUACGGAGGGUACGGCGGCUUCCACCGCAAGAUCAGGAUCUUUGAUCUCGACUUGAACGAUGGGCGGAUCACGACCUGGAAACGGGUCGAGUGGGGCGAGACGAAGCAAAAGAUAGACGAGCAGAUCAUCGUCGAUGCGGGGAAGCCUACGGUGCCCAUGGAGGACUGA